UGUCAUUAUGAUAAAAUAUUAAAAACAAUUGUUAUUAAUUAUUGUUACAACUACUGCUGUUAAGAUUAAAGAUUACAGUAUUCAUUAUUCUGUUUUUAAAUUUAUUUAUACUUAUAUUAUUUUUAUUAAAUCACAGAUUCAAUGAUAUUGAGGACUGCAUAUUUAAUUAUUUCUGCUUCGAAAUACUAUAGUAUUUAAGUGUACAAUAUUUAAAACUGAGGCCUCUGGGCUAACAGAUAAAAUGUUACUGUUACCAAUACGUAUAAAUUCAAUCGUACUAAACAAUAUUAAGCGAAGUUUCAUGACGAAGUCUUAUGGUUUAAUGUAUUCUAAUGUGAAUCAAGUUACUAUUAAACAUGCUAAAGAUGAUCAAUUUAUUCCUAUUUAUAAAAGUCCACACAUGAAAUUUUUCAUCGGUUUAAAUAGAAUGAAAAAAUAUCAACUAUUAGGACUAUUUUGUUGGAUUCCUAUGUGUUUUAGUUUAAAUAUGCUUAGUUAUUUAAAUUCUGAAGAAGUAAUUUGUGCAUCAUUAAUAGGUUUAGGUUUAACAGCUGGCUUACAUAUUGCCUCUUGGAUAAUAUCAAAUAAUCUUGUUGUUUUUGUAUACAUAAGCGAAGAUGAUCAAAGAUGUCGGAUGUCAUAUAUAUCUUAUUGGGGGAAUCGAGAGGAAUUAUAUUGCAACAUUGAAGACAUAACACCAAUUGAAAUUUCUAAAUUAAGUCUUUUAAAUCACAAAAUUAAAUUGGAAGGAAGUUCAGACACACUUAAAAUAAUUACACGCAACUCGACUAUUUUAAAUAAUGCUAAAUUUAGAAAAGUGUUCGGUGGUGAUAUUAUUUGAAAAAUAAAUUAAAUUUUAGUCAUGUA